CGCUAGACAUUCGUGUCGGACGAACGUUAAAGAAAAACUACUGCGUAUCAAAGAAUAAAUUUAUAGUUUUUGUGAAAAUAAGUAAUUGACGAGAGUUAAAUUAAAUUUAAGUGCAAAAAUAAGCUUAGAGCUUAUUUUUAGAAAAAUAGUGAUUAAAUAGACUUGAAGAUAUCUCCAAAAUGCAAGUAGCUACAACAAUAGACGGUGACACCGGAAUGGUGGUAAAACGCCUCAGCGUUCCCAUUGGCCUAGAAGAGUUAAUGGAAAGCCUCACAAAGCAAGUGCUCAUGAAGAAACCCAAGGAUUUAUUCGCGUUCGCCUCCGAACAUUUUGCUCAUUUAGUAGCCAUCAGAGAGAAACUCAACGCAAACGAAAAAGAAUUACUGAAAAGCGAAGAAUCCAAACAGUUGAAGGUUAAAUCAAUCACAAGCGGUACAAAGUUUAACAAGUUGCCUACGCCGACUAUUUUUACAAAUUCAAAGACACCACGCUCAAUAACUACGCCUAAAUUUGGACGGGGUGAUGAAAAGAAAAAGACGCGUUUUAAUCAACAGUCAUUGAUCAAGGACACGGUUAAAAAACCGGCAGCAGGUGGAAUUGUACAGAAAGAAAGAGCGAAGUGGAAGAAACAGUUACCAGUGCAAAAGGAGGAAGUGGCGCCACCUAAACGGACUCCGAGGGAAAUUCGGGAAGCGUAUACUUUCAGACGAGAUGAUUCCAAACAUAGAAGUAAAGAUAGAACUGACAAAAAAGAACAUAAAAAAUUAGAGAGGACGUUAGAUGUUACUAAGUCACCAAUUAAAGAAGUUGUUAAGGAAACACCUAGAACAAGACGGGAUCCAACUAGACGACAAAAUGGCGUUUCUACUAAAGUUACUCCGAGGACAAAGAGCACUGAUAGUAAUUCUAGUAGUAGUAUUUCAGUUAAUGGAAAAGGUUUGAAUAAGUCUACUGAGAAGUUGUCUAAGUUACCGAAGAAGAAUGUGACUAAGGUAGCUCCGAUAGCUGUGGGGGUUGCGGGAGGAGUUGUAGGUGGAGCAUUAGCUGGAGUAGCUGUCAACAAAAAAUCUAAAUCAAGCAGUCAAGAAAGUGUUGAUGACAAGGAAGGCAAAGAAGUUGGGUCGGCAACAGUUUCAGAAUCUGGUAACCUGAGUGAUCGUAGUAAUAAAUCUAAAUCUUCAGAAACUACAGAGACUUCUAAUGCGGUAAAUGUAGAAAAAGUAGAUGAAGGUGAAGCUGAACUAGAUGUAGAAAGUAUUUCGGGAUCUGUUGUUAGUAACGCGGUUGUUGGUACAACAUUAAGUGAAGAUUUGGAAGGUCCUGGGGAGGAAGAUGCGACUGAAGUUGGUGCUUCAGAAAUUGAACAUGAUGAAGUUAAAGUGGAAAAAGAAGGGCAGGAAGAUGAAGAGAAGGCUUUGGAAACAAUUCCUGAAGAUACUAAAGAAGCUAAAUCAGCUGAACUAGUUGUUAAUGAAGAAUCUGCAAAUUUAGAAGAAGCAAAAGAUGAAAAUAAAGAUGGUGCAAGUGAAGGACAUGAAGAAAAGUCACCUGAAAAAGAAACAGAAAAUGAUUUAGAAUUAAAAGUUAAAGAAAAUGCAGUCACAGACACAGAAAUACCAAAAGAUGCAGAAUUAGUUGACGAAACUGUUAAAGAUAUUCUUGUCACAGCUGAUAAACACGAAGAAGAAGUUAAAGAAGUACUUUUAUCUGAUGGAACACAAGUUGAAGAAACACCCGCUCAACCAGACAUAGAAAACAAAGAUAUUUCUGAAAUCCAAGCUGAUGAAACAAAUGACAGUGAAAAAUUAGUUGAAAAGGAAGAAGAAAAAGAAGAAGAACCUCUUACUGUUGAUGGUAAACCAAUGACUAUCCCAGAAGAUGAAUUAUGUACUGUGGUAGACUCAGAAGCAGAAAAAGUUAACACAGAAACGGCCGAGGAUGAAAAACAGACAGAAGAAACUGCAGAUUCGAAGAAAUUUGAAUAUGCUGCUGGUUUCGUUGAAGAACAACUUCGCAUCUUAAAUGAAAUGGGAAGGGAAGAAGAAAAUAAAGAAGAUACUUCUGAAAAUAAAGAAGAUGGCGCUCAAGAAGCAGAUUUAACCUCAAAUCAAGAUAAAAUUGAUGCCAAUACCGAACAAGAUAAAUUAAAAGAUAACGAAACAAUUGAAGAUGCUCAGAAAGAAGAAAUUUCAGAAACGGCUGCAGAUCCAGUUGAUAACAAGGAAGUUAUUAAAAAUGAUGAAACAGAUCUUCAUGUAAGUCUAUCAGCUCCCGAACUUAUAACCUCAAAUCAUGAUGAUGAUGAAGAAGCUAAUGAUGCAAGUCUUGUCACCAUCGCUAAAACACCAUCAGCUGAAUUUUCACAUGAAGAUGCAUUACUUCUCGAACAAGACACCCCAAUAAAACAUUCUGAAACUAAAGUGGAUGAUGAUGGACCUCUAAGUAUUGAAGACGUUUCAAAAUACUUAAAAGAAGAUAAACUCAAAAGUGACGAUGAAAAUAAUUCUUCAGAUGCUAACUUAUUAUCUGCAUCAACAGAAACUGAUCGACCAACAACUUCUAAAGUCUUUGGAGGAGAUGUAGAACCAACAGUUCCACAUGAAGAAGCACUAGGCUUACACAUCCCAGCACCAGUGGAAACAGAAACACUCAGCGAUGACAGCGCCACCGCCGCCAUUAAGAUACAAUCCGCAUGGCGCGGCCAUCAGACGCGAAAGCACGUCAUCAAACAGAUGAAAAAACAAGUUGAAAACGGAGAUGGUGAUGAUGAUGUGCAUGGUACGAUUGAGGAGGAUCUAGAUUCGGAAGAAAAAGUUAAAGCAGCAACUGUUAUUCAGGCAUUCAUGAAGGGAAAUUUGGUGAGGAAGCAAAUCAAAAAAGUAAAAGAAGAAAAAAGUGCUGGGAAAGAUUCUGAAGAACAUUUGGAUACUGUUGCAGAAGAAAAUGAAGAAAAGUUUGUUAAAGCUGCUAUUUUAAUUCAAUCGUUUAUUAAAGGUCACUUGGUACGAAAGAGAAAUCAAGAAAAACAAAAUGGCGAAGGUAAAAGUGAAAUUCAAGCAGAAACUUCAGAAACUCUUGCUGAAACAAAUGAAAAUGCUGAAACUUCUCAACAAGAAGCAGAAAAAGCUGAACUAGAUGCCUAUAUGAAAUUAUCUGAAUCAAUUGAUGAAGAAAUUAACAAAGUUCUUGAAAAACUUGAAAACGUUUCUGUUCCCAAUGAAGAUCCUGAUUUUCAUCAUGAUAGGAUGAUACGUUCGCUAGAUUUCAGUAUGGAAGAUGUUAAAGAUAGCGUUGAUGCAGAAAUUGAGGCAGCUGUUGCGAAACAUGUAACUCAGCAGAUAAAUGACGAAGUUGUUCCGGAAUUAGCUGAUAUUCAAGAAGAAAGUGAAGAAGAAACUAAUCAUAAAGAAGUAGAAACAAUUCCGGAUACGAUAACAGCAACAAAAAGUUUUGUUGAUAAUGAAAUACAGAAUUAUGCUACAUCACCAAUGGUAUCACCAAGAGAUGAAGAAAAUACUAAAGAUAAAGAUAAAGAAGCUUCAAAAGAAGAAAUUCAAGAUCUGGCCUCAAAUCCAAUUGAAUUGACAAGGGAUUUUGUUAAUACUGAAAUAAUUAAUUAUGUGACUUCACCACUUAUAUCACCACGUCUUCAAGUUGAAGAAAAUGAUGAAAAAGAAAAAAGUGAAAAACAAGAUGGCGGAGAAGGUGUGAUAGCGGGUGCAAUGGGAGCUGUUGGUGGUUUUCUUGCAACGCAAAGUAGUAAUUUGAAGAAUCUUCUUUCGCCAAGACGUAAAUCAGCAGACAAAGAAAUUCGUGAAGAAGCAGUAAUUUCUGAAGAUAUUAAUAAUGAUAAACCAGUUGAAUCAAUUAGAAUUCGUUUGACUGAUUCAGAAUCUCUAGACAAUGAAGAACCAGAAAAAAAUGAAGAAACAAAAGAAGAAGAAACAAAAAUUGAUGAAAAAGAUGAAAAAAGUGCAAAAAUUGAUGAAAUAGAAGACGAAAACACAAAAAAAGAUGAUGUGACGGAAGAUACUGUUAUUAUUGAAGUUCCUGCUGAUGAUUUGAUAGCCACAACUCAAAAUUUUGUUGAUUACGAAAAAGAAAAUUAUGUUACAUCUCCGCGUUCUGAUAAAAACAUUGAUUUACAUGAUAUUACCGAUGAAUAUAAAGAAAAAGAAGAAGAAAAUGUUCCUCCUUCUUCAGCUGGUUCAACUUCUUCGAAAAAAGAAGGUAAAAUUAUUGCUGGAGCAAUUGGUGCAGUCGGUGGCUUUAUUGCAAGCCAGACCAACAAUUUACAAACAUUAAUAUCUUCAGGAUCAAAAACUUUAGAAGAAGCGAAGGAAUCAUUAACUAAUUUUAAUGUUAAUGCAGAUGAAGAAAGCUCCGAAGUUGGGGAAGAUAUUUCAGAAGAUCAGAUUAAAGCAAGGUUUGAAAAAUUAAAAAUUAAUUUUGAAGAUGUUGUUGAUUCUGCAGUUGAGAAAUCUGAAGAGAAGAUAAAUACUGUGAAUGCAUCUUUGAAAGAUGAAAGUGAUAAAAUUUCAAAUAUAAUACAAGAAGGUCAGGCAGAUAUUAAAGAAAAUUUAAAUGAUGUUGAGAAGACUAUUGAUGGUGAAAUUUUGGAAAUUUCUGAGAGUGCUGCUGAUUUAAAUGAUAAAAUUAAUGAUAAUGUGGAAUCUUUAACAGAAAAUGCUGAAAUACUUAAAGAACAAGUUGGUGAAGCAGCUACUGACACUAUUUCAGAAGUAAAAGAUAAAAUGGAAGCAAAACUUAAAGACGCUGACGAAAAAAUUAAUAAAACAAUAGAUGAAUUAAAAGAAGACGCAAAUGAACUAAAAGAUGAAGUGAAUAAUGUUGUAACAAAUGCUGAGGAUGAUUUUAAAGACAAUUUGGAAGAAGUUUCUAAUAGUAUUUCAAGAAAAAAGCGAUCAAUCGAAGAUACAAUUGAUGAUUUGCAAGAAACUGCAGUGGAAGAAAAAGAAAAUGCUAAAAAUACAUUAUUAGACAUUAAAAAUGAUGUUGCAGAAGAGAUUAAUAAUAUAUCUGAUAAAGUUGAUGACAAAGUUAAUGACCAAAUAAAUGUGGUAUCCGAAACUGUUGAUGCGUUUGAACAAAAUGUUUCUGAUACUGUUACAGACGUAAAAGACAUUGUGACACAAGCUGAAGAUGACAUUAAAGAGAAUUUAAAUGAUAUUGCAAGUAAAAUCGAAGAAACGAAAGAUGAUAUUAAAGGAAAGUCAGAAAAUGUGCUGGAAAAUAUUGAUAAUAAUAUUUCUGGUACGCUGGCAGAAAUAACUGAAGUUGUUACGAAUGCUGAAGCUGACAUUAAAGAUAAUUUAGAAGAUCUUACAACUAAAGUGGAAAAUAUAAAAGAAGAUAUCAAAGAAUCAUCUCAAGAUUUAAAAGAAGUAAUAAAUGACGAAAUAAAUGAGCUUGAUAAUUCUAUUUCUAAUGCGGCCACGGAAGUUAAAGAAGUUGUUACGGAAGCUGAAGCUGAUGUUCAAGAGAAUUUGGAAGACCUCACAACUAAAAUGGAAGACGCAAAAGAAGAAAUCAAAGAACUAUCAGAGGAUUUAAAAGAAGAUGUAAAUGCUGGAAUAAAUGCGCUUGAUAAUAAUGUUUCUGACGCUAUAUCAGAAGUAGACGAUGUUAUUACUAAAGGGGAAGCUGAUGUUAAAGAAAAUUUGGAAGAUCUCACCACAAAAGUAGAAGAAAUUAAAGAUGAAAUUAAAGAAUCAGCAGAAAUUUUGAAGGAAAACGUUGAUGACAAAUUAAAAGAGCUUGAUAAUAAUAUUUCGGAUACUACAACUGAUGUAAAGGUAAUGGUUACAGAAGCCGAAGCUGAUGUGCAAAAGAAUUUAGAUGACCUUGCAGCUAAAAUAGAAGAAACAGAGGAAGAAACUAAAGAACUCUCAGAGAAUUUAGUGGAACAAGUUGAUGAUGGAAUAAACGCGCUUGAUAACAAAGUUUCUGAUACCUUAGCAGACGUAAAAGAUGUUGGAGCGGAUGCUGAAGCUGAUAUUAAAGACAAUUUAGAAGACCUUACAGAUCAAGUGGAAGAAACUAAAGGAGAUAUUAAAGAAUCAACGGAGAAUUUGCUGGAAAAAGUUGAUGAUCAAAUGGAUACACUUGAUAAUAAUGUUUCUGUCACAAAAUCAGAAAUAAAUGAAGUUAUUACUGAAGCAAAUGAAGAUAUUAAAGAUAAUUUGGAGGAUGUUGCAGACAAAAUUGAAGACAAGACCGAAGAAGCUGAAGAAGCGAUGGAUAAUUUAAAAGAAUCCACUGAUAAUGCACAGCAAUUAGUUGACGAUGUUGUUAAGAGUGCAGAAGAAGACAAACAUAAUAUUUCUGAAAAACUUAAUGAUGAAAUGCAAGAAGAAAUAGCUGCUGCGUCUGAUCAAAUUGAAUCGAUUGAUAAUGGUGUUACUGACACAAUAUCAGAAGCAAAUGAUGCGGCUGUAGAAAUUGGUGAAGAUGCAGAAAAUAAGUCUAAAAUAAUUUCGGAAGAACUCCAAGAAAAUCAAGAAAAAAUAAUUGAAGAUAUAAAUAAUGAUAAAGCAGCAACAGAAAGUGCGUUAGAACAAGCUGAUGAAACUUUAACUAAAGCAGAAGAAAAUACCAAAAAUACUUUAGAUAAUUCAAACAAAAAUAUUGAGGAUAUCGAACAACAAAUUAAAAUUGAUGUAAAAGAUGACAUGAAGUCUGCUACAGAAGAAAUAAAAGAUGCUUUAGAAGAAUCCAAAGAUAAUAUUGAAGAAAACCUAAAUGAGAUUUCAGAACAAACUGUAGACCAAAUUAAACAUGCUAUUGAAACUGGCGAUGACUUAACCAAAGAGAUUGAUAAAAGCGUUAACAAUACCAUUGCUGAUGGUGUCAAUACAAUCGAAGCAGCAGAAAACACGUUAGCGGAUUCAAUUGCCGAUUUAAAAGAAAACAUUAACGAUACUAUAACUGAAGCACAUAAAGAUAUUCAAUCAAAUAUUAACGAUGCUUUGGAAACAGUAAACAAAACUUCAGAAAACAUUGAACAAGUUAUAGAAGAGAACGUUGAUAAUACAAUUGACAAAAUUGUGGCUGGAACUGAUGUAAUUGAGGAAAAUAUUAAAGGAAGUGUAAAUGAUAUUAAAGAGGACACUACUGAGUUAAUUACAGAAGUAGACAAUAAACAAAUGAGGACAUUAAACAUCUUGAAGAAAACGUAA